UAAAAAAAAAGAAACAGAAGUAUUAUUUAAUUUGUUUUGUACAAUAUAAUAUAUAAAUUCAUACAUUUAUAUAUAUUUAUACAAUAUAAUGACAGCAAUAUUAGGUGGUGGUAUAUCGGGUUUAUCAGCUGCACAUUAUGCUCUUGAAAAUCCAAAAUUGGCUCCAUUAGUUAUAUUAGAAGCUUCAAAUCGUGUAGGUGGUUGGAUACGUUCUAUAAAACAACCUGAUGGAACAAUCUUUGAAACAGGUCCAAGGGUUAUUAGAGCUAACUCACAUGAUUUAUUGAACUUAAUAGAAGAAUUAAACUUAUCAUCUAAAGUUAUUCCUAUCAAAAUAAAUCAUCCUGCUGCUAAAAAUCGAUAUAUUUAUACUGAUAAUGUAUUACAUUGUUUACCUAAUUCUCUAAAAGGAAUUAUAACAAGAAAUACACUGUUAAAUCGUUCUUUAAGUAGUCUUUUAUGGAAUGAUUUCAAAGCAACAAAAGUUCAUAAAGAUGAUGAAAGCAUAUAUAGUUUUGUACAAAGAAGAUUUGGCAAAGAUGUUUCUGAAAAGAUGGUUGCACCGAUAUUAUGCGGAAUUUGUGGUGGUGAUAUACAUCAAUUAAGUGCAAAAUCUUUCAUGACGAAUAUAUUUGAAACUGAACAGAAAUAUGGCUCUGUAUUUAUGGGUCUUGUACAGAAAAAAUUUUCAAACAUAUUAAAUAUAAAGAAAGAGAAAGAAACUAAAUUAGGAAACACCAAUAAAACUCAGAAAGUAGUAAAAUCAAAUAAUACAUCAUUGCACUUAGUAGAAAGAGCUAGAAAAGAAAAAUGGAGUGUAUGGGGACUUGAAGGUGGUUUUGAAAAAUUACCUCAAACACUAGCUGAAAAUAUUACAAAGCGUGGUGUGAAUAUAAAAAUGAAACAUAAUUGUGAACGAAUCACAUUUAAUAAAAAUUAUGUAGAACUAAUUGUAAAUGGAAAUGUUGAAAAAUAUUCUCAUGUUAUAUCAAGUUUACCUGCUAAAAAUUUAGCUAAUUUAAUACAAAAACAACAUCCAGAACUAUCUAAAGAAUUGUAUAGUAUACCUACAGUAACAAUAGCUGUAGUCAAUCUUCAGUUUUCUGAAAAUGUUUUACCAAUAGAUGCUUUUGGAGUCCUUAUUCCACCAAAAGAGGAAAUUCCAAUUUUAGGCAUAAUAUUUGAUACAUGUGCUCUUCCUCAAAAUUCCAAAAUGACAGUACUAACAGUAAUGAUGGGUGGUGCAUGGUUUGAAAAAUAUUUUGGUAAAUGUUCAUCAGAAGAACAUUUAAAAAUGGUAGCAGUUAAAUAUACAAAUCAACUUUUAUCCAUUAAUGAAGAUCCCAAGACAUAUAACGUUUCCAUUCUAAAAGACUGUAUUCCACAAUAUAUAAUAGGUCAUGCAGAACGUUUAACUCGCAUCCACGAUUAUAUCUCCGCGCAUAAAAUACCUUUAGCAUUGUGUGGCUCUUCAUAUCACGGUGUAGGAGUCUCUCAUGUUAUUCUGUCAGCAAAAGAAGCUGUUUCUAAUAUCAAUCAAUGUAUGAUAUAACUAUGAAAUUUAAUCAAUUUAUCUUUUCUUAUUUGAAAACGAAAUAAUAUACAUGCAAAUACAUAAGCCAAAAUAGUUUUUUUUUUUAAUUAACUACAAUUUAAUUUGAAUUAAAACAUGCAUUGUUCAUGCUACAUAAUAAAAAACAGAGCAAUUUAUACAAUAAAUUAAAAAUAAUAAAAACUAAAGGAAACAUUAUAAUAUACGAAUUGAGUGAUAGCUCAAAAUUGAUUGCUUGAGUGAUAGCAAAAAAUAAACAUAAAUUUUAGUAAUAAUAUACAUGAAAAUAUA